AUGUCUGAUCAAGAUAUUCCACCAAGUAAAUACAUUGAAUUGCGAAGUACAUAUAAAAACUACAUCGAUUCAUAUAAUGCGUUGUAUCAGCUAAAAACCGAAAAUGAAGGAGAAUUAAACUCAAUUUACAAAAUGAUCAAAUCAGAAUUGAUUGAUUCAAAGAAAUAUCUUCCCCAAAAUAUAAUCAUAGAAAUUUUAUAUAUAAUUCCGUUUAACAAUCGCUAUACAAAGUCAUAUUUAUCUCUUGCCAAACUCGUAUCUGAUGAAUAUCAUGUCAAAGAGGUCAAAUAUGUUAGCUAUUUGUCAAAUUUCCUGUUUUAUAAAGAAUAUGGAAUUAAAUUAGAUAAAUCGCGUGGUUUCGAAAAAGAUCAUUUUAAAAAUCUGGAUAUUCAUACAGAAAAUACAAUUUACAGAGCAAUUAUGUAUAACGACAAAGAAAAAUUCAUCAUAUUCACCGAAAGAGAUGAAUUUGAUAAAGAUCAAAAACUUAAAUGCAAUUUAUAUCCAUAUUCUUACAAAGGAUAUUCAUUACUUGAAUUAUGUUGUUACCAUGGAGCAGUUGAUUGUUUCAAGUUAUUAAGAACAAAAUUUAACUCAGAAAUAACUGAAACAUGUUUACAAUUCUCAUUUUUAGGAGGAAAUCCAGAGAUCAUGAGUGAAUGUUUGAAAUAUCAAACACCAAAUAAAUGGUGCAUGGAAUAUGCAAUUAUUUCACACAACAUUGAUUUUGUUACAUUCUUGAUGAAUGAAUACAAUAUAGAGAUUGAUUUAGAAUAUUGUAAAGAUUAUAAUAAUCUUGAAUCAUUUUUAGUUUAUUAUGAUCAAACAAAUGAUAUCAACAUAAGUUUUGUUGAAUCAAUAGUUUUCAAUAUUCCAUCUCUUUGCGAAUAUUUCCUAUCAAAUGGUGCAAAUAUUAAUGCAAUAAGUAGAUAUUUCCAGACAGCUCUUCAUAAAGCAGUGCGGUGCAAUUAUAAAGAAAUAGUCGAACUUCUUCUUUCCCAUGGGGCAAAUAUUAAUGAACUAGAUACUGCUGGACAUACCCCUCUUACUAUUGCAGUACGUAACAAUUAUAAAGAAAUAACCGAACUUCUUGUUUUACAUAGUGUAAAGAUUAAUGAAAAAUCUGAAGCUUUGAAUUAUGCUCUUCAAUGUGCAGUAGCUGAGAGCAAUAAAGAAAUGGCCGAAUAUCUUAUUUUACAUGGUGCAAAUGUUAAUGAAAAAUAG